AGCUCCCGCCGCCGCCGCCACGGUCUCUCGUGUCUGCGGCUCCUCGGUGCCCCUGCCUUCUGCUCUGACCCCACCCGCCUGCAAACCCCUCGGUGGAGCCGGUGCCCGGGUGCUGCCUCCUGCCCUGCGCUGCGCACCGUUAGGUGCCUCGCCCCUGUCCUUCCCAUCUCUGAAUCUGCGGAGUCCCCCCAUUCCCGUCCACCUGUUUCCUCAGAAAAAGGGCCAGAUCGUGGUCCCUGCUGCGUUCCUGGGGCCAUGGCAGGUCUGGGCCCCGGCGGAGGCGACUCAGAGGGGGGACCCCGACCCCUGUUUUGCAGAAAGGGGGCGCUGAGGCAGAAGGUGGUCCACGAGGUGAAGAGCCACAAGUUCACCGCUCGUUUCUUCAAGCAGCCAACCUUCUGCAGUCACUGUACCGACUUCAUCUGGGGCAUUGGAAAGCAGGGCCUGCAAUGUCAAGUCUGCAGCUUUGUGGUUCACCGACGAUGCCACGAAUUUGUGACCUUCGAGUGUCCAGGCGCUGGAAAGGGGCCCCAGACGGACGAUCCUCGCAACAAGCACAAGUUCCGCCUGCACAGCUACAGCAGCCCUACUUUCUGCGACCAUUGUGGGUCCCUCCUCUACGGGCUGGUGCACCAGGGCAUGAAAUGUUCCUGUUGCGAGAUGAACGUGCACCGACGCUGUGUACGCAGCGUUCCCUCCCUGUGCGGCGUGGACCACACAGAGCGCCGUGGACGUCUGCAACUGGAAAUCCGGGCUCCCACAUCAGACGAGAUCCAUAUCACUGUUGGUGAGGCCCGGAACCUCAUCCCUAUGGAUCCCAAUGGUCUGUCUGAUCCCUAUGUGAAGCUGAAGCUCAUCCCAGACCCUCGGAACCUGACGAAGCAGAAGACGAGGACUGUAAAAGCUACGCUGAAUCCCGUGUGGAACGAGACCUUUGUGUUCAACCUGAAGCCAGGGGACGUUGAGCGCCGCCUCAGUGUGGAGGUGUGGGACUGGGACAGAACAUCCCGAAACGAUUUCAUGGGUGCGAUGUCCUUUGGUGUCUCAGAGCUACUCAAGGCCCCUGUGGAUGGAUGGUACAAGUUACUGAACCAGGAGGAGGGCGAGUAUUACAAUGUACCGGUGGCCGAUGCUGACAACUGCAGCCUCCUCCAGAAGUUUGAGGCUUGUAAUUACCCCUUGGAAUUGUAUGAGAGAGUGCGCAUGGGCCCCUCUUCCUCCCCCAUCCCUUCCCCAUCCCCCAGCCCCACCGACUCCAAGAGAUGCUUCUUCAGUGCAAGCCCAGGACGCCUGCAUAUCUCCGACUUCAGCUUCCUCAUGGUUCUAGGGAAAGGCAGUUUUGGGAAGGUGAUGCUGGCAGAACGCAGAGGUUCCGAUGAGCUCUAUGCCAUCAAGAUCCUGAAAAAAGAUGUCAUAGUCCAGGAUGACGACGUGGACUGCACCCUCGUGGAGAAGCGCGUGCUGGCACUGGGAGGCCGAGGUCCCGGAGGCCGGCCCCACUUUCUCACACAGCUUCACUCCACCUUUCAGACUCCGGACCGCCUGUAUUUCGUGAUGGAGUACGUCACCGGAGGGGAUUUAAUGUAUCACAUUCAGCAACUGGGCAAGUUUAAGGAGCCCCAUGCAGCAUUCUACGCUGCGGAAAUCGCGAUAGGUCUCUUCUUCCUUCACAACCAGGGCAUCAUCUACAGGGACCUCAAGUUGGAUAACGUGAUGCUGGAUGCUGAAGGACACAUCAAGAUCACAGACUUUGGCAUGUGUAAAGAGAAUGUCUUCCCUGGGUCCACAACCCGAACCUUCUGUGGGACCCCAGACUACAUAGCACCGGAGAUCAUUGCCUACCAGCCGUAUGGGAAGUCUGUUGACUGGUGGUCUUUCGGGGUCUUGCUGUAUGAGAUGUUAGCAGGACAGCCACCCUUUGAUGGGGAAGAUGAGGAGGAGCUGUUUCAAGCCAUCAUGGAACAAACUGUCACCUAUCCCAAGUCACUUUCCCGGGAAGCUGUGGCCAUCUGCAAGGGGUUCCUGACCAAGCACCCGGGAAAGCGCCUGGGUUCAGGGCCAGAUGGUGAACCCACCAUCCGGGCACAUGGCUUUUUCCGUUGGAUCGACUGGGAGAGGUUGGAAAGACUGGAGAUUGCACCUCCUUUCAGACCACGACCGUGUGGGCGAAGUGGCGAAAACUUUGACAAGUUCUUCACGCGCGCGGCGCCAGCAUUGACCCCGCCAGACCGCCUGGUCCUAGCCAGCAUCGACCAAGCGGAUUUCCAGGGUUUUACCUAUGUGAACCCGGAUUUCGUGCACCCAGAUGCCCGUAGCCCCACAAGCCCAGUGCCUGUGCCUGUCAUGUAAUCUCAUCUGCCGCCGCUAGGUGUCCCUAGUGCCC